AUGGCGCAAGGAUGGUCUCUGCCUACAGCCUCAGUGAAGAUAGUCACUACCCAGGAGCCACUGUACUCCGGAGACAAAGUCAAGCUGCAGUGUGAACUAUCAGACUACACAGACUGGACUGGCUGGAGCUAUACGUGGUACAAAGACAACACUAAGAAACUAGUGACCUUGUCUGUCAAACACACUACAACAGGAGCCACCUUCACCAUCAAUAGAGCUGCCAAGUCUGUCCAGGGUCUCUACUGGUGUCAGGGAGAGAUCCUGUCCAGAUCCAUAUCAUCAAUCAUCAGUGAUCCUGUCACUAUCACUGUGAAAGCUGGUGCUGUGAUCCUGGAGAGCCCUGCCUAUCCCAUGACUGAGGGAGACUCUGUGACUCUGCGCUGUACAAAUAGAAAUCAGGAAACAAACCCAAACCCCAAGGUUGAUUUCUACAAAGAUGGAGUACUCAUCAGGAAUGAGACCACAGGAGAGAUGACCAUUCCUGCAGUAUCCAAGUCAAAUGAAGGCUUCUAUAAGUGUAAAUCUACUGAAGGAGAAUCACCAGAGAGCUGGGUGACAGUGAGAGGCAUAACUCCUGGACCCUCUACAUCAGUCCUAGUAGUAGUGGUUGUGGGCCUGGUUGUUGCUGGUGUUCUGCUGGCCAUUCUCCUGGUACUGCUGUGUCGAUAUAAAAACGCCAAAGGUUCCUGUUGUAACAGGAUAUUCUCGCCCCCCCAGCCACACAGCACCAACCUGGACCCCCAACAGGACCAAGGAUCUACCGAGAGCCGGGCUCCUGAUGCUGGGUAUACACGUCUGCAGCAUGGUGGCGCUAACAUCUACGAUACAAUCACUCCCUCAGACAAUAAUGACAAUGAUGUUGCUGCUGCUACUGCUGGACCAAGUGAUGUGAUGUACGCCCAGAUUCAACUCAAAAAGUUGGACAAGAAAAAGAAAAAAAAGCCAGCUGAUCCAAAAGAAAAUCCAGUCUAUUCUGAGGUCAAGACAGGGAAGGCCACAGCAGCAACUGGACCUGUUGAUGUGACCUAUGCUGAGGUUGACCUUAAACAGAAGGCCAAAGCCAAGAAGAAGAAAGAAACAGAAACCCCACCUGAGGCAGAUUCGGUCUAUUCUCAAGUGAAGCCAGUCACAGCCCCAGGACCUUGAGGGGGGCAGGGAUGGACGGAUGGAAGGAUGGAGUGAUGGAGGGAUGGAU